AUGCCUCUGGGUAUACUCCAAGACUACAAGCUCGAACAUGUCCCUGGGACAGCUCCGUUAAGCGAGCUUGGUCGCAUUGAUCUCGAGAUCACGAACGAUGUUGAUCGCGGGCUGCUGAAGCAUGAUCCUACUGGGCAGAUUGUGCUGGUGCCGCAGCCUUCUGAUUCGCCGAACGACCCCUACAAUUGGCCAAGAUGGAAGAAGGAGAUGUUCACCGUCGUCAUCGCAUAUGGAUGCGGCGCUGUAGGAGCUGUCGGUCCGCUGCUCACACCAGCUUUCGUGCCCCUGGCAGCACAGUUCAACGUCCCAUUACAGAGGUUCACGCUGGGUUGCAAUGGAUCCUGCAUCGUCGCCAUCGCAGUGGGUAGUCUCAUCUGCAACACCUUAGCCGUCAAAAUCGGGAGACGACCAAUCUACCUCGCAACCACAGUUGGCCUGGCGGUGUCCUGUUUCUGGGCUGCGGAAGCUACCAGCUUUCCCUCUCUAGCGGCAGCCCGAGCGGUCCAAGGUCUUUGCAUGGCACCGUUUGAAGCACUUAUCCCAGCAUCCGUCGGAGACAUCUGGCACGUUCAUGAGCGCGGAUUUCGAAUGGCCAUCUUCAACCUUGGUGUCCUCGGUGGUAUCAACCUAGCGAGUCCAAUCGCUGGAUCCGUCAUCCAAUACGGCUCUCACCGCAUCGCAUUGCAUGCAAUGGGCGGUGCUUUUGUCAUCAUGCUCAUCCUCAUCAUCUUCUUCAUGCCCGAGUCCGCCUACCACCGCCACGACGUCAUCAAUAUCGACACGAGCUCCAAAACUGUGGAAAGUGACGCGGUUGAGAAGGAGAAGUCCGCCGAGCGCGUCGAAGACUAUGCGGUCCAGUCGUCCGUCUCUUCCGAGGCCCCAUACCCUUACGUCAAGACUCUCAUGCCAUGGUCUGGUUACUGGGAUCAUGUCUCCUUCUGGCGCACAUUUCUACGCCCCUUUGUGGUGAUCAUGAGCCCGGUAGUCAUGUGGGCGACCUUGCUCUUCACCAUCUGCGUAUCCUGGCUUGUCUUGAUUUCCAUCACGUUGUCGCAGAUCUUUUCCGCACCACCAUACAGUUUCUCCGUGAGCGCGGUUGGCGCAACGAACCUGUCCUCGUUCGUGGCGUCUUUGUUGGCCACGCUGGUAGCCGGUCCGAUCAUCGAUGGUGUGGCGAAGUGGAUGUCGACACGCAAUAAGGGCACUUUCGAACCUGAGUUCCGUCUCCCUGUUAUGAUAACCUACCUGAUCUUUACCGCGACCGGCUUCUUUGCUUGGGGCCAAUCACUCCACAACCGCGAUCCGUGGCCCAUCCCAGUCAUCGUCUGCAUGGGUCUGAUCAACCUGGGUGUUCAGUUAGGAACUACCGCCGUCGUAACCUACGUCUCCGACUGCCAUCGCGAGCAGGCCGCCGAAGCCUUUGCCAUCAUGAACUUCGUCAAGAACCUUUUCGCAUUCGGCCUGACGUUCUACGCCAAUGACUGGAUCGCGGUACAGGGUGUGAGGGACGCGUUUUAUGUCAUUGGCGGAACCACUGUCGCUGUCACACUUUGCACGAUUCCAAUGUACAUCUACGGCAAGCGUGCGAGGAGUUGGGUGAAGAGAUGCGGAGUACUCGAUAGUGUUCUCAAAGCCGAGUAG